CUGCGUGCUGCCUGCGUGGAGGCCCCCUGGGCCUCACAUGUUUGUCCCUUCUGCUCAUCCCUGCUGCAGGUGCCUCCUCCUGACCCCGCACCCUGCUCCCAGCCAUGGCUCUCCUUGGGGAGUCCAUAGCUCACCAGCUGGAACCUACUGUGAAUGCAGCCUUGGCCUCAGCCGCGAGGCCCUCAUUGCCCUCCUUGUGGUGCUGGCGGGUGUCGGCGCCAGCUGCUUCUGUGCCCUCAUCAUCGUGGCAAUUGGUGUCUUGCGGGCCAAGGGGUCUGGGGGCCCAGCACUGUUCCAGGACUCAUGUCGGCCUUCGUCCCCUCAGUGAAACAUGCCCGAGGCUAGUGGACAACAGGUUGGUGGAGAGUUUUGGGGUCCAGGAAGAUCGCAUGGACCUGCACCCGGUAUACAUGGAGUCCCAGCUAAUGGACGCUGACCUGGAGGUCUCUGUGAUGCCACCACUAGAGGAUCAGAGCCUUGUGGCCAUCCCCAUGGAGGCUUCUCCAGAGGAGCUGCCACCACCCCCACCCCUACCACCUGAGUAGGGCUGAGGGCAGCUGGGGAAGGGGAAUUAAAGUGUAUUUAGUGGUU